UUAAAAUUUUAGGGUUUAUCCUUAAACCCUAAAUUACACCUGCAAAUUUUGCUGUUCUCUUUUUUCUCUUUCUCUUCAAUGGCGGCCUCUGAUACGAUUGAGAACAUGUAUGACGUCGCUUUGAAGCCUCGGCUACUUCGGUCUCUGCUCAAAGAGUAUGUUCCUGACCUGAAGCAUCAGUUUCGGAAUCCAUCAGUUCUCUCAUAUGUUGUUUCUGCCAUUAAGACUCAUCAGUUAUUGUCCGAAUCAGCUCCACCGGAAUCUGAUGAAAAGUUGAUUGAAAACUGGACAGCAGCCGUCGAUUCCUGGAUCAAUCGAGUUGUCGGUCUUGCCUCUAGUGACACGCCAGAUAAAUGCUGGGCGGGUAUAUGUUUGCUCGGGGUGACAAGUCAAGAAUGCAGCAGGGAACGUUUUAUUGCUUCUUACGCUGCAUGGUUUAACAAACUCUUAGUCCAUCUUCAGUCCCCUGCAGAUUCUCAGUUUGUGAAGGUAGCUACUUGUGCCUCCCUGUCAGAUUUGUUCACAAGGUUGAGUGGAUUGCCAAAUGCAAAGAAAGAUGGUAUAGCACUCAGUACAAAACUAAUUCAACCAUUAUUGAAGCAGCUAAACGAGGAUAAAUUUGAUGCUUCAUGGGAAGAAGCUAUUUUUCUGUUGUGCAGUAUUUUAGAUAUUUUCCCAUCUUCCAUUCAACGGCAUUAUGAUGGUGUUGAGGAAGCUAUUGUCUCGAGGAUCUUGUCAGGCAAGUGCAAUCCUAGUAUGUUGAAGAAGCUUGGUUAUUGUUUGGCUUUGCUACCAAAAUCAAGAGGGGACGAGGAUAGCUGGGUAUUGAUGAUGCAGAAGAUCAUGCUGUCAAUCAAUAUUCAGCUGAAUGAUGUCUUCCAGGGUCUAGAGAAAGAAACUAUAAGAACUGAGGCCAUGAGAUUGCUGCUCCCCCCUGGGAAAGACCCACCGCCUCCAUUAGGUGGCCAAUCUUUGUCUAGAGGAACUGUAGACAAUACAAUGAGGCCUGAGCACUUGCAGAUCUCCAGAAUCUCUACCCUGAUAUUUUGUUGUUGUGAAUUGCUUACGAGUUCUUACCCAUUUCAGGUUGCUAUACAUGUACUUCCAUUAAUAGCUCUUGCCAAAAGAGUGCUGAUGGUUGAUGGUUCCUCAUCACCAGGCAUCGCCUAUAUGACUACAAUGAAACAAGAAUUUUUUUGUUCAGAACUCCCAGUCUUGCAUUCACACAUAUUGGAUCUUCUUACAUCAACUGUUAAAGGCUUGGGCAGCCAGUUGCUCCCUCAUGUUGGCUCUAUAAUACGACUCCUAACCAACUACUUUGAGACGUCUACUUUGCCAGAGCUAAGGAUAAAGGUGUAUUCAAUUAUGAAAGUCCUGCUGCUGUCACUGGGGGUUGGGAUAUCCACACACCUCACUGAUGUGAUUGUUAACAAUUCAUUGAUGGAUUUAGAUGAGAGAGGCACAUCUUCUGUUGCACAACAGAAUAUAUAUCCAGAGACUACAACAAAGACUUCCAACAAGAAGAGGAAGCAUGCAAGUACAAGUAGUUCUCUUGAUGAGCAGUGUGAUAAAGAUGUUUUUGAAGUGGAAGUGUGCUCAAACAUGGCUUCAUUAUCUGUUAAGAUAGCUGCACUAGAGGCAUUGGAAGCCCUUCUUGCUGUGGGUGGUUCUAGGAGAUCCGAAAGUUGGCGAGUAAAUGUUGAUCACCUUCUUUUGGAUGUUACCAGAAAUGCUUCUAAAGGAGGGUGGGCCAAGGAUGGCAGAGGCAGUUUAGUUUCCAAGUCACCAACCAGUAUUUGGGGAGACUAUCAAAUUGCAGCUUUACGAGCACUUCUGGCUUCUCUCCUCUCUCCUGGCCGCACUCGUCCACCCCACCUAUCUCAGGGGCUUGAACUUUUCCGCAGAGGGACUCGAGAAAUAGGAACUAAAGUUGCUGAAUGUUGUGCACAUGCUAUUUUGGCAUUGGAAGUGCUUAUACAUCCCCGAGCUCUUCCAUUGUUAGAUCUUGAGUCCACUGACAACAAUUACGAAGUUGGAAAUAAGUGGUUUUCAGGGAAUGUAAACCUCAGUAACCGUGCAGCAAAUAACACAUUCCACAUUGGCACAUCCAGAAAGGCCCCUGACGAGCCAGACUCUUAUAAUGAUGACCUUUAUGCAGAUUGGAUGCGAAACGGUGAAGAUUUGGUUACUGUGCCAGCUGAUCCUGCAAAAGAUACAGAUACAAGUAAUCAACCACCAGAAACAUUAAGAUAUCCAUCAUCAGAAAAGCUUCCGUCUUUUGAUAUUACUGCAGUACAAGUUUCUGAAAGCAGUAAAUUGCAGCAAGUAGCACCUAUUACUGCUGCGAAGAAAAGCCCCAUGGACAGGGAUGAGAUCAUGGUUGAAUCACAACUAUCUCAAAAAACAAGUAAACAUUCUGAAGAUCUCCUACCAUCUAAGAGUAAUGUGGUAUCUCCAGGAUCAGAAAAUAUUACGGACAACGCAUCAAGAAAGGAAGUGGCACAAGCUAGCGAUGCUGGAUUUGCUUCGCCGCUGAUGAUGAAUUUAGACAGAGGUAAAGAGUUGAUGCAUGAAUCUGAUAAUGAGUCCAUGGAGUCAAUUCCUGAUAUUGUUGAUGUUGAGCCUGAUUCUGAUUAGAUAGAGAACAGAGCCUAUACAGUGGUCCAUAUUAUAUUUAUUAUGUCUCAUAUUGGGUGGAAAAUUGCAUUUGCCUGUCAAAACACCUGGCUUUUUCUCUCAGAGGGAGAUUAGGGAGGAGUUGAUUUAUCUAAUCAGGAUUUACCACUUCCAUGGUCGCGGUAGGGGAUUGGGAUGUGUUAUUUUCUCGAUUUAUGCAUGUUAUCCUUGCAUGCGGGGUCGUGCUAAUUUUCUCUGUAUCAUUCCAAUUUAAGCCCAAGUGUAAGCCACUAGGUUUUGGAUUUUGAAUUCAUUAGGUAGAUUGGAUAGGAGUUUUUCAUUUAUCUGUGUUUCAAAGGUCUUGUGAGUCUGUAAGUUGUACUAUCCUAUUAUUGAGAUGAAUUCCAAUACAAUCCUUGACAAGGAUGCCAAUUUUGAAAAGA